UAUAAGCCUAAUAAACUUAAUUUAUGCAAAGAAAGCUGUAAAGAAUAACUAUGGAUGGUUUGUGUUACUAUAAUGCAUAUUACUAUCGCAAAUCAUAGUAAAGCAGAAAGAAAUCCGGAUGUAUAGACAAACAUAUAAAGAGAAGAGGCCAAGCGGAUGCUGACAAACAGCGGCGAAAAAGAGGAAACUAUGAUUAAUAAAGUUUAUGCAAUACUGUCAUAAAAAGCCUGUUCUUUAAAAUUAGAAGGUUAAUAGCAAAAGAAUCGUAUGAUAAAUCACGUAAAAGGAGGGAAAUCGAAAAUAAACUUGUAAAUUGGCCAGUAUUUAUAAAAAUAUAUAUACACAGUAUAUAUAUUAGUAUAUAUAUAUAUAAAUUUAUAUAUAUAUAUAUAAGCCUUUAGCUGAGUGUUGGCUUUCACGUCUGCUCUCUACAAACAAGCGCUAUCAUCGCUUAUUACGAAAUUUGUAAUGGCAGAGAAUGUAACUCUCGUAUGCGAAGAUGAUCCUAGAAUAUGGUACUGCCAGAUUUCUUAUUGGGUUUAUUGUUUUACAAUGCCGGUCCUUUUGAUUAUUGGACUAGUUGGUAACUCAUUGGCCUUUAUUGUCUUAUUUAGGUUGAAAAAGAAAACUCCAACUAUUAUAUACCUUUCAGUUUUGGCAGUUUCAGAUAUUUUAACAGCCACACCUGGAGCUCUUGAAAGAUUUAUAAGAGGAGUAACUAAUAAUAGAGUUUACUUAAGAUUCUAUUUUAAUUGUUCGGGAUUUACUGCUCCUUAUUAUAUCGCUUCAUAUGUUUCUGCAUGGAUGAUUGUGUCAGUUGCCGUUGAUAGAAUGAUUGCAAUAAUAUUUCCAGUAGUUAGAAGAACUGUAAAAUGCGCUAAGAUUGUAGCUGUCGUUAUAUUUUUAGUGGCAAGUCUGAUAUUCAUUUGUUUUCAAGUAACAGUUCCAACUACAGAUAAAUUUGGAAGAAAAAGGUGUCAUUACGGAAAAACUGGUAGUUAUUACGAAAUUAUGAGCAAAUAUUGGUACGUUGUUGAUGCUAUAACAUAUUCAAUCCUACCAAAUCUCGUCAUCAUACCUUGCACAAUUAUUAUUAUUCGACAAUUAAAAGCUUAUCGGAAAACAAGAGCAUCCUUAGGUUGUUCAGUUGGGUCUAUUGAACUGUCGACAAAUAGUUUAGAAAAUUCCUGCGAAAUUAAACAAGCCCGUGUUGAAAGAUCAUUAGAAGCAAGAAGAAUAAAUUUAACUUUAAUAGCAGUUUGCGUAAUUUACGCCUUUUGUACAACUACAUUCUGUAUUUUUGAAACUCUUGAAUAUACUCUAUCUUCUAAGCACGAAGCUUUAAUACGCUUAGGCUUAGUGGUUGGGGAUAAUUUAUUAUUUGUCAAUCAUACAGUAAACUGGGCGGUAUACUGUUUAACCAAUCCAAAAUUCAAAAUGGAGAUGUUAAAUCUUAUAACAUGUAAAUAUUUAAAAACAACGAGGACGUAAUUGGCAAUAUAAUUUGAUGAUAAAUAAAUCUCGAAAUUAUUUCAAAUAGAAUCGUUCGAUUGUAAUAAAUGUUUACCUUUUCUUUUAUAAGAAUGAAUAUUUACAACUAAAUAAAUUUCAAUAAAAACA